AUGACGAGAUUACUCGAAUCCAGUCUUCUAGCAGACAAAAUGCUCGAAGCCUCUGCCAAGAAUGCCGCUAUCCUCCUAUCCGUAAGAAUUAUUCAAGCGGUCGGCGGCGGUGGCAGAGAAGCGCUUUGUGAGAUAACUUCGACAGAUCUUACUCUUUCAAUAGAGAGGCUUAUUUGUAUUGGUAUCCUAGGAAUGACCUGGGCUGAUGGUUCUAUUCUGGCUCCUAUGGUUGGAGUCCUUUUCAUUCAAUACGUUUGCUGGAGAUGGAUUGCCUGGGUUAACCUACCUCUCAUGCGUAUAACUUUAUAG